UAUUAUUAUUUACCAGUAAUAUAGAAGUAAAACUAGAAAAAUAGAUAUGCCCCCCCAAAAAUCCAAGAGUGAUACAUCUAAAUUAUAGAUUAAGUGCACCCAAAUUAUACAUUAAAGACCUCUGCUGUUACUUCAGCGUUUAAGUGAGUUUUAAUAGUGUUGAGAGUCUUCGUGUCUCUAAUGGAUUUGGGCAACAAGAUCUUCGUAGUAAUGCCCUUUACCUCCUGCUAAUCGGUAGUGUGUUUAUCCAGCCCAUUUCUCCUGCAGAACCUCAGUGAGUGGUCAUGUGUGUCACUGACUGCCGUAGGGCUGAGGGUAGCUGCAUCAUGCAUGAAAGCUGCUUGAUUCCUGCAGUCCCUGGACUCUGAAAGAACGAGUGCCCUUUAUAAACUCAGUGUGCUCCGUGUGUCGUGUGUGCUGUGUCUAUUUAUAUGCUUAUAUUCAGAGCACAGUGCUAAAGUGAGCAGCCUCAGUAUACAGUUAACUUCAGUUCCCCAAGUGUACAAGCAAACACAGAGACAUGUGUUUCUCACAGUGCUGCCACAGGCUGUCAUGUUGAGAGCUGAUAUUUUUAGCGCAGGUUCUCGAAUUCCUGUGAGGAAAAAGUUCCCGAACAGGUCAACUGAAAAGGUAUUUUCACAACCUUGAAAGGUUUGCGGCCUGUUGCCAUGCUUGUGAUCUCCCAGCUGCUCACAGCCGCCCGCGCUGGACAGAUCAGGAGGAUAUGCAGCUCAGCCCUUCAGUGCCGUGCUCGACACCGAUGCCUGCGGCCGCCUCAGCGCCCCCCCCACGCCGUGAAACCCGCACCGCAGAAAAACUCCAGCGCAGAUGGAUCACCUGCAGGGCGCUGCCAGUGGAGAAUCCAGUCGCGCCCCUACAGAACGUCUUCUGAGCUGCGCUAUAACCUGACCCCGCCUCAGGUCAACAGCAUUUUAAAGGCCAACGAGUACAGCUUCAAAGUCCCCGAGUUCGAUGGGAAGAACGUGAGCCCCGUCCUCGGCUUUGACAGCAACCAGCUGCCAGCCAACGCCCCCAUCGAGGACAGGAGGAGUGCUGCCACCUGCCUGCAGACCAGGGGGAUGCUCUUGGGGGUGUUCGAUGGCCAUGCGGGCUGCGCCUGUGCUCAGGCGCUGAGUGAGAGGCUGUUUUAUUACAUUGCCGUCUCCUUGCUGCCUCAGGAGACGUUACUUGAAAUAGAAAAUGCUGUGGAGAGCGGGAGGGCUGUGUUGCCCAUUUUGCAGUGGCAUAAGCACCCUAAUGAUUAUUUUAGCAAGGAGGCUUCUCGGUUGUAUUUCAACAGCCUGAGAACAUAUUGGCAGGAGCUCAUUGACCUCAACAGCGGAGAGACGCCGGACAUUAAAGAGGCUCUGAUUAACGCGUUUAAGCGGCUGGAUAAUGAUCUGUCCCUAGAAGCUCAAGUUGGCGAUCCUAACUCCUUCCUCAACUACUGGGUGCUCCGCGUGGCGUUCUCCGGGGCCACGGCCUGCGUCGCGCACAUCGACGGCGUCGAUCUGCACGUGGCCAACACCGGCGACGGGCGGGCCGUGCUCGGCGUGCAGGAGGAGGACGGGUCAUGGUCCGCGCUGACCUUGUCGAACGACCACAACGCGCAGAACGAGGAAGAGAUCAGGCGUGUCCAGUCGGAGCAUCCCAAGAACGAGGAAAAGACGGUCGUCAAGCAGGACCGGCUGCUCGGCCUGCUGAUGCCCUUCAGGGCCUUCGGAGACGUGAAAUUCAAGUGGAGCAUUGAGCUGCAGAAGCGGGUCCUGGAGUCUGGGCCUGACCAGCUCAAUGAAAACGAGCACACAAAGUUCAUCCCACCGAACUAUCACACUCCCCCCUACCUCACCGCCGAGCCUGAGGUCAUUCACCACAGAUUAAGACCCCAGGACCGUUUCCUGGUCCUGGGUACUGACGGCUUAUGGGAGACGAUGCACAGACAGGAAGUGGUGAGAAUUGUGGGCGAAUACCUCACGGGGGUUCACCUUCAGCAGCCAAUCACAGUGGGAGGCUACAAGGUGACCCUCGGACAGAUGCAGGGGUUGCUGAUGGAGCGAAGGGCUCUGGUGUCGUCUGUCUUCGAGGAUCAGAACGCAGCCACUCAUCUUAUAAGGCACGCGGUGGGGAACAAUGAGUUUGGAACGGUAGACCACGAGCGUCUUUCAAAAAUGUUGAGCCUACCAGAAGAGCUGGCCCGCAUGUACAGGGAUGACAUCACCAUUAUCGUUGUCCAGUUCAACUCCCAUGUCAUUAGUGCGCAUAAUAAGCCCGGUGGAGGAGACUCGCCUUAAGGAUUGAAUUUUCCUAAUGGCAGAGAUGAAAUUCAAACAUCUUGUGCGUUAUUUGCACAGUUAGCUUGGAGGUCAUAUUCUAUGUAAUGUUACUCAUUCAGUCCCAAUUUACCCAGCAAUAACAUGAUGAAGAGAAUGAGUGGCUAUAGAUCAUGUUGUAGGAACUCCCCAAAUUAGAAAAUUGUGUGGAAUGUAGCCACUCCUUCUUCAGAGCAGCAGAGACAAGGAGAUGUCAGUUACCUGCUGCUCGUUGGCCAUACGUUAUUUGAGAGUAAUGUAGUUAUGUAUUGAGAAACACUUCUGAACCUAUUAUGUUAUUUAUUUGGUUUCUCUGUGGCUAUUGCUAGAAUCCUGUCGCUGAAUAAUCAUGCAAAAAAUGUUACAUCUAAAAGGGCAGGCUAUUUUUCACAGCUCAUAUUUUAUCUGUCUUCCAUUAUCAUUAUAUGUACGAAUGAGUGCAUUAUUCAUAUCUUCUGAAGACGUUUCUGUGAAAAUUGCAAAAGUUCUUUCCCAGAAUAUGCCCUUUCGCUUCUCAUUUCAGCUGUCAUUGACCGCCUUUUUUUUUUCCUGUAAAAGAGGGAUGAAACAAGUUCAUUUAUUUUAUCAACACAUUGCUUUUUAAGAUGAAUUUUAAGGUGUUUGUUUUGCUGGUGUUCAGCACAAUAAGGAUGCCCUAAAAAAUAAUGCUAUGUGAAUUUGUCUAUGCAAUAAUUGACUUACACAUCAAUCAUAUUUGUCACCAAAGCAGAUGCAGCCUUAUUGAAAGCAAGGUGUGCCUUUGUACCUGGAGCAAGUCUGUCGCAACUUUCUGACAAUUAGACAUUCUUAGCAGGUGUAAAGCGUAAAUUCCUAUCCUUGUUCGAUACCUCUGAUUAUGAAUGAGACAUUUUUAAUGCAUACAUUUUCCUUGUCAUUGUGCAGUAGACUAAACAACCCAGAUGGUUGGUGCAUUUCUGUGGUGGAUGAAUUAAGUAAAAAAUACAAUGGACUUGCGCAGAAGGAAGAUGGCCCAGAGUGAAGACUAUACUUUGCUUGGUGAAGUGACAGGUGUUACACCAGGGCAUCGAAGUGUUCUUAAAAAGCAUUUGAAAUAGCACUAUCCUUGAGGGUUGUCGUUGAGUCCAGUUGAGCCCUAAAAUUUCUUCAGUGCUUUAUCCAAAUUCUUUCAUUGGUCAGGACUCUCCAGUUUGUUAAAUAGACGGCCUUGGUAGCAGGCAGUAUUUUGUUGGUUUGAGGAGUAUAGGACUGUUUUCUGUUCCCUUCCCCCGGACAAAGCGAUCCCCGGAUCCCCAGAUCCGAAUCCUGUUUAAAACGGUCAGAAGGUGGAGCUCAAGCCCACACAAGUGUACCCUAGUCAAAGGUUUGUGGAAUACACUCCCCAUUCAACACCUGUGAACACUCCACAUUCUGUCUGGGCCGUGCGUGUUGCUUGCAGGUGCCCACCACUUCAAGGCCAAUGCUAUCUUCACCUUUUUGGGAGUCCUGGUGCCCGGUAUUAUCCUGGUCUCCUCAAUCUGCUAUCCAGUGGGGAGUACAAAAUUGCUUUCUGGAGAAUGGAGGAAAUCAUUUAGAGGGGCUGUAGGGAUGAGUCCUUUUUCUCGACAGCUUGGCGUGCGGGCAGGUGCAUCCAUUGCACACCUGCUGGUGGUAGCAUCAGCUACACAACAUCGUAAUAUGCUGUAUUUGUCUGCUGAAUGUACAUUAUGCUACAGUAUGUCUCCUCAUACAGACUACAGAGCCUAAAACAGACUGUUGGUGAAAUUCAGAGUGAGCAAAUUUGUUUCAACAAUGACAGCGUCAGAAAUAUUAAACUCCUCGCAUGUUUUGCGCACAAGACUUAGAUUCAGAAUUCUGUAUAUAUUUUGAACAUAAAUACAUAUGCCUAUAUUCAAGCAGAAUGUUGUUCUAGCAUGGUCUUAAUUCUUUUAGACCAUGAUCGAAGAGUAACCUCUCUGAAGAUCUAGAACAUUUUGCUGGCGUGCUGUCAGGUUGAAAUGUUUCGCUGGGAUUAGGCUGCGUUUUUCAUAUGAUGUUUUCAGCACUUCAGGGCUACACUCCUGAUUGACUGAGUGAUUUGAGCAGAACCAGCACUUUAUCGUCAGUGUAGUAAAAAUGAUAGUCAUUUGAUUUGGGGUUUAAAUAAUAAAAAUAAGUAUGUUUUGUAAAUAAAAAUGAAAUUUUUGUUUAACUUGUUAUACCUCCUAGGUUGUAUUAACUAAAUAUGAUGCAACCUUACUUAGCACUCCAACCCAGAGAUGGGGACAAUCCAUGUGUUGUCUGUGUUGGACUCUGUGAUUGUCAAGAACAAGUGACGAGAUUGUGAAUCAAUGGAGUGUGAUACAUGUUGUAGUACACGUCCAAUUGCAUUUUACUAUCAAUUGCAAUUGUCUAUGGCUUUCAUAUACUGUAAGUAAGAGUUUUUGUUAGCCUUUAAAAAAGCUUCAGGAUAUAUGUAUUCAAAUUGGUCAAAGUUAUUGUAGAAAUGGUUGUACCGAGACUAGUAGGAUAACUGCGUUGCAUGGAGGCAAGUGUAUUAUUAACAUAUUAAUGUAUGUUAACGGUGACAGUUACAGACUGUUUUAGAAUUGUUCUUCUGGUACAAAAAUAUUGCUCAUCUAUUCCUCCUUCUUGAAUGCUGUAGGUCUGUUGCGCAUACCUGGGACUUUAAUGAGGUGACCUUGCCUUUCUGUCCUAAGUGUUCAUUUCUCUAAUGUUUUAAUGUCCCAUAAUUAUUUUGUCAAAUAAUAAUUGAACACAACUUGCUAAUGAUUUUGGUAAAUAUAUUUUGUUUUUAUUUUCAUUGUUUCAGAAAACAUAUAUUUUUAAAAAUAUUUUUCCUGAAUAUAUUGCUGGAAAAAAUGUAAAUAUAUUCUCUGUUGCUAUUAUGAAGAUGAAAACAUGAAGAUAAUUAAUUGUUUGGUCAUUUUGAUGGUUUUAACAGAAUUUAAUAGCCUUUUUUAAAGAUGCAUGGAGAUUUGAUUGUGACAUUCCUUAGUCCCUGUUUCGUUACUUUUCUGAAUGUUGAUCAGGGUGUGACCUUGCAGUAUUUACUGUUCAUCUAUGAUCAUGGAUUGGAAAGGAUGAAUUUUAAAAUCCACUACUUAGUUUCACUUGGUGAGAUUUGAAAAGAAACAUAAAACAUUGACUGUAAAGACAUUCAAGGAUGUGUACAGUAACUUCAAUUUUUUGAUUGGACAGUCUGCUCAAAGUUAUAUUUUAACCUGGUUGGCAGAACUAGUUUAAAUGUGGAUAUUUGUCAACAGGACUCUUGCAGUUACUGAAAUAUGAAUGUAAAUUAUCAAGCCUACAGCAAGUUGUUUAUGGAGUGUUUACACACGAGCAUACAUUAUUAUCAAAAUAUAUGACAGAAACUAGAAUGUUUGACAAAGGUGACAACUUGCAACUGCUCAUUGUUUGAAGCGUAAGACAAAUGUCAGUUAUACCUGUAAAAUUUUAUAUUACAAUAAACUGUAAGAAAACUAACAAAUUACCUUUUAUUUUCAAAAUACAGUGUUUGAAAUUUAUCGAGAGGAGAGUUUUUAAAAAGGGUUGUACUAAAAUUGUACAUAUUUUGCCUCGCAAAACUAUUGACCCCAUACUUUAAAUUCAAAAUAAAAUACGGCGUUUUUCACAUGAAAUUCAUUCCAAACUAUAACGGUGUUGUACAGUAUGUGAAGGAGUUUGAAUGUCUGCAGAAAGUACAAAAUGAUAUUUUCGAGUUUGAUAUUUUUAGUUUGGUAAUUGCUGAAGUGUUCUGCCCCUAAAUCAAUCAAACACCUUUGAUGGCAGUUGGUGCCAGUACUUUUGUAUAGUUGUAUGCCAGUUUUGCACAGUGAGGUGGUGUGAUAAUGUUUAUUGUUACUGGCACCUUUGUCCCUCUUCAGACAGGUCUGCUGGGGGUAGUUGAUGGAUUGUAAACCUCACCAUGCAGUACAUUUCCUAUUGGACUGAAGUCAAAGCCCUGAGAGGGGACAUUCACUCUGUUUUUGUCAGCCCACUCCAAUGUGGUUUUUGCGUUGGCCUUUGGAUAUUUGUCUUGCAGAAAUGUGAGGUUUUUUUUUACACCGUUUUAGAUUUUGGGUGACCCCUGUGAUGUGCCCCUGAUUUGCACCAUCUGUUUUCCCCCACGUUUUUUGACAAGCUGCCCCAGUUCCUGCUGAUUUCGGCAGCCUGAUGGUCAUACAAUAAACAUUGAUCAUAAAACCUUCUGCCACGUGUCUGAGGAUGACCUCACUUGAGAUUCAGUCUGACUGGUUUUCACACCGGUCUUGUGUUGGGACUGCGAUAUUGUCAAUAUACUGUAGGAGCAGUGACUCCCAUUUAAGACAGACGUUUGCAGCUCUUUCACAUUUGGCUUCACAUUUGCAUUCCUAACCAGUUAGUUUGAAAGUGUGGGCUCACAGUAUCUAGUAGUCUGGGUAGGAUGAUGCACAAUCCAGACGUUAAUGUUGGACGUCACUGUACUUACACAGAUAGGUAACCUUCUUCUGCGAUGUGACUCUCUUCCACUUUUUCACUGAUAUUUUUUUCAAACGUUCCUUGGUCUUCAGGAUCGAUGUAUUGUGUCACUGCGAGUUGUGAUUAGAAAUCCAUGAUCUGAGGGAAUUUACAGAGACACCCAGUUACUCCAAUGCAAAGUUAAACCACAUUGCGUACAGACAAAUCCAUUCGUUUUGUGACUUUUCGAAUGAACCUUUUUAGCUGAACUGAUUUAUGAUUGCUGUAGUAAAUGAGUUUAAUACUUACACCAUUGAAAAUCUUCUAAUUCUCUUGAGAAACAUUAUUGACAUAUCGGCAUUUUUAUCAUUAUCAGUUUGGGUGCUGAUUUUGUAGUUUCUAAAUAUAAAGUCCUGUAUGAAAAUGUGGGAAUUCUAGAUGUCAAAAAAGUGUGGAGCCAUUACAGGGGGUGAAUAUUUUUGCAAGGUACUGUACUGUACAACAAUUAUCAUUGAUUUUUCUCAUACAAAAUCUGACGUCUUCGAAUUAGUAGUUUAUAUUCAAACUCAUUUUCUUUGCUUACAAAGCUGGAUAGGAAGAGGACAACUUUUAAAUGAAAUGUUUCAUUUAAACAUGCUGGAUUUUAUUUUAAAUGUACAAAUGAACACAUUGAGGUGAUCAUUUUUUAGACGUAGGCGCUUAACAGUCAUCACCUGCCUUAGCAAGUUCUUGCGGUUCCACAAGAGAGACAAGAUGUUGACUAACGAGUUAUUUUGAGAAACCAAUAUCGCAGAAGAUCUGAUGAUCUGAAAGUUUGACCUAUCUAUCUGCUGAGGUGGGACUUUUAACUAGGGGUGAGGCAAUAUGACCAGAAAAGUAAAGUAACAGUCUAUUCUGGUAAAGGUUUCUUAGGACAAAUGUAUGCUUACUUCUUUAAGGUUAUUUACACUUCUUUUAAAUGGAGCUGUUACAUUUGUUUUAUGGGGGAAAAAAUAGUUAUGUAACAAUUGUGUAUGUAAGCGAAAAGUGUGCUUUUACUGCGUGUUAUUAUUUUGUAUUCAUAUGUUUUAAUAAAAUACAGAACAAAGA